AAGAGGCUCAAGGCCUUCCAGCAGGUCCAGAGGAAGAAGGAAGAGCCCCGGCCGCCGGCCACCAGCCAGAGCAUCCCCACCUUCUACUUCCCUCGUGGCCGGCCACAGGACACGGUGAGCACGGAUGCUGUCAUCGCCAGGAUCGAGAGGACAUUCGCCCAGUUCCCGCACGAGCGGGCCACCAUGGAGGACAUGGGCACGGUAGCCAAGGCCUGCGGAUGCCCGCGGUACUGGAAGGGGCCGCUUUUCUACGCCGCCGGGGGAGAGCGCACAGGCUCUGUCUCCGUCCACAAGUUCGUGGCCAUGUGGAGAAAGAUCCUGCAGAACUGCCAUGACGAGGCCACUAGGUUUGUUCACCUGCUCAUGAACCCUGGCUGCAACUACCUGGUGCAGGAGGACUUCGUCCCCUUUCUGCAGGACGUGGUGAACACCCACCCCGGCCUGGCCUUCCUGAAGGAGGCAUCUGAGUUCCACUCUCGCUACAUCACCACCGUCAUCCAGAGGAUCUUCUACACAGUCAACAGGUCCUGGUCCGGGAGGAUCACCUGUGCAGAGCUCCGGAGGAGCACCUUCCUGCAGAACGUGGCCCUGCUAGAGGAGGAGGCAGACAUCAACCAGCUGACCGAGUACUUCUCCUAUGAGCAUUUCUAUGUCAUCUACUGCAAGUUCUGGGAGCUGGACACUGACCACGACCUGCUCAUCGACCAGCAGGACCUGGCCCGGCACAACGACCACGCCAUCUCCACGAAAAUGAUCGAGAGGAUCUUCUCGGGAGCUGUGACGAGAGGUAGAAAAGUCCAGAAGGAAGGAAAGAUAAGCUAUGCCGACUUCGUCUGGUUUCUCAUCUCUGAGGAAGACAAGAAAACACCGACCAGCAUUGAGUACUGGUUCCGGUGCAUGGACCUGGAUGGGGACGGGGCGCUGUCCAUGUUUGAGCUCGAGUACUUCUACGAGGAGCAGUGCCGCCGGCUGGACUGCAUGGCCAUCGAGGCCCUGCCCUUCGAGGACUGCCUGUGCCAGAUGCUGGACCUGGUGAAGCCUCAGAGUGAAGGGAAGAUCACACUCCGAGACCUCAAGAGGUGCAAGCUCGCCAAUGUCUUCUUCGACACCUUUUUCAACAUUGAGAAGUACCUGGACCACGAGCAGAAGGAGCAGGCGUCCCUGCUCAGGGAGACGGAGACUGAGGGCCCCGAGCUGUCGGACUGGGAGAAGUACGCAGCCGAGGAGUAUGACAUCCUGGUGGCCGAGGAGGCUGUGGGGGAGCCCUGGGAUGACGGGUAUGAGGCGGAGCUGAGCCCCGUGGACCAGAAGCUGAGCGCCCUGCGGACGCCCCUGGCCCAGAGGUCCUUCUUCGAGACGCCGUCUGCGCUGGGCGCUGUCCACCUGUAUGACUACGAGUGCGAGUGUGAUUGCAGCGACGAGGACCUGCAGCCCUCCUGACCCCCCGCCCCCGAGGGCCCACCCGGGCGGCGGCCGCGGGCGGCGGCCUCUGUGUGGAAACAGACCUGUGUUUGAUGGUGUUGGCGGCUGAGCUUCUACAGACCUGAGCUGUGUGUACAGAACGACAAGUCCUAUUUAUUCAACAUGGGGGCUGGUGGAGGGGGUCCCCGCAGGCAGUGUCACCGUGGCCCGGUGGGCAGAGGAGAUGCCGGUACCCGCUGGGGACUCCCCGCACGUCGGGCCCCUCAGCUCACUGUCCGGCUUCCGAGUGGAGGUGUUUGGAGACAGAUGGGUCCUGGCUGGGUUCACGCUGGAGGGAGCUGAUUUCUGCCCUGUGCUGUGACCUGCACUGACCAUGGGCGUGGAGACUGCCUGCUCCUCAGCAGUGACGUGUCCCGGAGCUGCCCCUCCUACCUGCACGCUCGCCCCUGCACAGGGCUGCCCCCUCGGGUACCCGUGUGACCACUUCCUCCUAAAUGUACAAAACCUGUAAAGUUAACUUUUAUUUGCCGUGUAGAGCGAUUUUAAAACAUUUUAAUAGAUCACAUUUGUAUUUUCAAAUAAAUAAUUUAAGGAUU